AUGCCAUCCCCAAUUACUGCAGGUCUCCACUGCCUAUUUCUACUGGUCACAGCGUGUUGCCAGACAUCACAGGACUCAGGCUUUGAUCCAUUCAUGCAAUAUGUAGUUGGCAGUGCGCUUGGAGAGGAAAGCUUCGAACCAGAGAUGCAAAGGCAGAAGCGAAACAUGCUUGUUUUUGACAUUCCACCUCUGGAGUACACCAUUGACAUUGAAGUAAGUCUUACGGAUUCAGCUUUUCUGGAGCCAGUCAAAGAGUAUUUUAAAAACCUUAAUCUUCCAGUUUCAACAAAUAUUUCAAAUGUUGAGAUGACAGUUUCAAGGAUCAACGUUACAACAGUCUGUCUGCCCAGUGGUGAGAACAGUAGCUGUUGUUCUUGUGAAAGUGGAUAUGCCUGGCCAAGUGCAGUGUGCGGUGACUUGAUAACCUGCCCUUCUGUCGGCCUGCCCUGCGGCUACGUGAAGGAAAUGCCUUUCUAUGGGCCUUACUGUGAGCCUCAGACCGAAGACUCAUGUGGUAUGGGAGAGCCCAUUGUCAUGAAAAUGUCAGUCAGACUUGACACAGUCUUUUGGAGUGAUCUCGGGGAUUCUUCUUCUGAAUUAUACAAAAAAUACAAAGCUGACCUUGAAAAAGCGUUUAAUGCUAGCUACGGAUGUUUACCAGGCUUUGUGUCAGCCACAGUGACUGGUUUCAGACCUGGAAGUGUUUUUGUGGACUAUGAAGUAAAAGCAGAAGCAGCAAGCUUCGAUCAGAUAACAAAUGCCAACAAAAUGGUACCACAAUUUCUAGAUUCAUUGUACCAGCUAAACCCAGCUACCUUCAUAGCAGAAAUAACUGAUCACACAAACUUCACUGUGAGUCCUGUGGACAUUUUUGAAGGGGAUACAGUAAGACUGAUCUGUGAGAUAAAUUCAACAUCUCAGAAUGUCACCUGGUAUCACUUUGAUCAGAUCAUCUCAAACAGCUUCCGGUAUUCAAUGAAGAGAAGAGUUACAAGGACAGCCUCAAGGUCGAUUCUCAACAUUUUCAACAUUACGAAGAAGGAUUAUGGACCCUACAGCUGCUCUUUCACAAGGAGCAAUCAGUUCCACACACUGAUAUACAAGGCCACAAAAACAAUAUCAGCCUCUCCGCUAUACGUCACUCCAAACUUAAACAGCAUCGACAUUAUAUGCAACAGUCCUGAAGUGCAGACAAACAGUCCACUGCUGUCCUGUUGUAUUGACAGGCAUUUACCAUCGCUUACUGGUCACUGGAAAGUAAAUGGAGAAAUCAAUAUUACAGGAGUCUCCAGCUUCAGUGAAAACUGCACUGAAUACAGGCUUAAAAUCACUGAAUCACUAUGUCCACCUGAGAAGUCAGGUUCAGUGACAACAUACACAUGUGAGCUGCAGACUGGACAUGGUGCCAGGAGCAGUCAAAGCAUCAGAGUGACGUACCUCCGGACAGCCCAUGUAACAAUAUCUUCGAGUAUAAAGUCAUCAGUUUCCGAGGGAUAUGCAUUCAACAUAACGUGCAAAAGUGAUGUGAACAAUUACGACGCUGUCAGUUGGAAAAUCCAGUCUGGUAGUAACACAAAAACAGUAAACUGUGGUACGUGCAUCAAAAAUAGCAAAUUCCCAGCCACAUCUGUGCUCACAGUGAGGACUGCCACACUGGACUGGAGCGGCACCUACAUCUGCACAUUCUCCCAGAAGCAUUUGGAGAGCUCUGCCAAUCUGACAAUCGAGGUUAUCUCUUUGCCUCUGAAGCAGAACAUCCUGAUGGACCCCGUUGAAGCAUGCAUACGCUGCAAAGUGCAACAAGCCCUUGAGUGCUGCAUAAGUGCUAACACCAUGGAAGAUUACACUGUUACGUUUGUGGUUCAACAAAAUGAAUUUCAAGUUGGGAAAAAGAAGAAAGGCAAUUACUUUUGCUACAUGUACAAUUACACAGAAACAGAAUGCAAAGAGGAAGAGCUCACAGCAUAUUGCAGGUUUACAAACCGCAUUGGACAUAGCGUCAUCAGUGAAUCUAUAAGACUGUUCCUGAUACCUGAUAACAAAGUUUCCUGCUCAGACAGCCUUGGCAUUGGAAGCGAAGAGGACAUAUUAAUAAAGCCAUGCCAAGUUAAGUCAAACGAUACAGAAGAUUUUACCCGAGGCAAUAUAACUUACAGGUGCUCCAACAAAUCAUGGGUGGUUUCAAAGGAUAACUGUCUGUUUGUACCAGUAAACAACCUGCUGACUAGUGCUGAGUCCUUGGUCAACAGUCCUGAGGCAAAAGCAAACCUACCUAACUACCUUGCAGAGCUUAAGGAAGUAACAGGAAAGGAGCAAAACCUAAUAAGCCAUUCUUCUGCAAACAUAGGUGCAAUCGUCACCAUUCUGGAUAUGGUCUCCUCUAUCCCAGCAGAUGCAGAGGAACCUACUAUUCAUAAUUUCCUCUCCACAGUGGACUUGAUUGUUGCUGAUUCCACAGCUGGAGCUUGGGAAGACCUGAAUAAAGAGAAGAUACUCAAAAGUUCUUUGUUACUGUAUUCAGUGGAAAAUUUUUCCCUGAAACUCCAACCAGUUAAUAAUACCAUUCCUCCUGUCUCUGCGAACACCCUUCAGCUACAAGGCAUAGUUUUCACAGGAAAUAACAACACAGUUUAUAAUAAGAGCUUCCACACAGAAAACCUUACAGCUAGCGUGCUCAUUGAUGAAACCGAAAUUCAGACUCUAACCCAAAAUUCAACCAUUGUCAGUGUGAUGUACUCAACACUUGGAAAUAUUUUGCCCCGGAAUGAGUAUGAGUGUGUGAACGGCUUACUGAUAUCAACAACUGUGAGCAGCAACAGAAGCCAGAAGUUCGAUAUUAAUAUGAUCUUUGCAAAGAGAAUCUCAUCCUUAACCACACCCCAGUGUGUCUUUUGGAACUUCACACUCAACGAGCACAGAGGUGGCUGGGAUACUCGUGGUUGCACACCCACAGAGGCAGAAGAUAAAGUCCUUUGCUCCUGCAAUCACUUGACAUCAUUCUCCAUUCUGAUGUCACCUGAGAAAUCCUCCUCCCAGAUAAUAAUUGAAGAUUAUAUUACCUAUGUCGGCCUGGCCAUUUCCAUCUUGAGUUUGUUGGUCUGCAUUAUAAUUGAAUCCUUAGUCUGGAAAUACGUGACAAACAACACAACUUCCUAUAUGCGCCAUGUCUGUAUCUUCAACAUAGCCACAUCACUGCUGAUUGCUGACAUUUGGUUCAUUGUCACUGCCUCCAUCAGUGACCAAAAGCAACAGAUAAGCAGAGAUAUCUGUUUUGUGGCCACCUUCUUCAUCCAUUUAUUCUACCUGUGUGUCUUUUUCUGGAUGCUCAGCCUGGGCCUCAUUCUUUUCUACAGACUGGUCUUCAUCUUGCAUAACACAAGCAAGACUGCUCAGAAGGCAGUGGCAUUCUGUCUGGGAUAUGGGUGUCCCUUUGUCAUUGCAGUCAUCACCAUCGCUGUCACACUGCCAAGGAACAAUUACACUGCAAAGGAUGUCUGCUGGCUCAACUGGAAUGACAGCAAAGCUCUCUUGGCCUUUGUCAUACCUGCCCUGAUCAUUGUGGCCAUGAAUUUGUUCAUCACAGCAGUAGUAAUAAUAAAAAUACUGAGGCCAACUAUUGGGGAUAGGUCAAACAGGCAGGAGAGGAACUCUUUGUUUCAAAUUGGCAAAAGUGUGGCCAUCUUGACACCACUGUUAGGCCUCACCUGGGGAUUUGGCUUUGCCACCAUCAUCAAAGACAGCCAUCGAGCUUUCCACAUCCUCUUUGCUCUGCUUAAUGCUUUGCAGGGAUUAUUCAUUUUGGUGUUUGGGACUCUCUGGGACAAGAAGAUACAAGAAGCCCUGCUGAAGAGGAAUUCAAUGCCCAAAUGGAGUUCACAGCAUACAAAGUCCAGCUCUCUGAUCCUGGUGACACCAAUGCUUGCUAUGAGCUAUCCAUUUUCAAGAACCUUUAACAACUUAUGUGGUAAAACAGGAAAAUACAGAGUGUCGUCUUCAGAACCUUCCACCUCUUCCUCUGAAAACACUUCCAAGGCAUAUUCCUUGCUUAACUGA